AUGGCUCCUCUGCUCUUCCCCCCAAGCCAGCUGUCUCCAGCGGAGGCAUUGGCCCUGUCCAAGAAGGCUCCAACUGUCCUCAACUCCCGUACAACAAACUUGUUGUCUGGCACCGAGAAGCCAGAGGUCUGGGUGCAGUAUGAAAAUUUGGUCAUCUCGUGCCUUCGUACCGGUGAUGAUACUGCUGCGCGGAAGUGUCUCGAGCGCUUGACUGAGCGCUUCGGUCCUGCCAACGAACGGGUGCAGGCUCUCCAAGGCCUGUACAAGGAAGCUACGGCUGCCAACACCAAGGAGCUGGAGGAAGUCCUAAAAGAAUACGAGGAUAUACUGGCUGAGAACGACACGAAUAUCCCGAUUGCCAAGAGACGCGUCUCGUUGCUGAGGUCAAUGGGCCGCGUUGCUGACGCGACAUCAGCCCUUGUGCAACUCCUUGACUUCUCACCAACCGAUGCUGAAGCCUGGUCCGAGCUGUCCGAUAUCUACCUCUCUCAGGGACUGUACCCACAGGCCAUUUAUGCCAUGGAAGAGGUGGUUGUGCUGUCCCCUAAUGCAUGGAAUAUUCAUGCUCGUCUGGGUGAGCUGCACUACAUGGCAGCCAUUGCCCCUGGAGCGGGCCAGGGAACUGCCGCUGGCGGGUCCUACCAGCGACACAUGGUUGAGGCUGUCAAACGGUUCGCACGAAGCAUUGAGCUUUGCGACGACUACUUGCGGGGCUACUAUGGCCUGAAACUGGUCGUCCAGAAGCUUCUUAGCGACGAGACAAAUAAUUCAGCAAAGCAGACGGAUGACAACGAGGCUGCCCUGCCGGAUACCAAGACACUUGAACGGCUCCACGAACUCGCCACAUCUAAGUUGGCCGAAAUAGUCCGGCAUUAUACCGCGAACGAUCGAGGCUGGCGUGGAUACAAUGAAAUUGAGAUUGCCGCAGCCCGGGAGCUCUUGGCUGAGGGUUCCCCAAAGACUGAGCGGUGA